AUGUCUCCAUCGCUCGAUACUACGCCAAGAAGACGGCGGUUUGUGGGCUCACGUGAGCAGUCACAGACGGGCGACCGAUCUACGGUGAUUGUGCGGGCCAAGAAGAACGUUUCGCGGCUGAUCAACCAGAUUCCGCAAGAGAUCCUGGAUGAUGUGGAGCUGAAAGAGGCUGUUCGUCUAUUGCCCUCGAAUUACAACUUCGAGAUCUUCAAGACCGUUUGGAACGUGCGCAAGAACAACGCCAAGCGGGUGUGUUUGCAGAUGCCCGAGGGCCUGCUGAUUUAUUCGAUGGUGAUUGCAGAUAUAAUAGAGCAAUUCUGCCAGGCAGAGGUUCUUGUCAUGGGAGACGUCUCGUACGGAGCCUGUUGCAUUGACGACUACACUGCACGGGCCUUGGACUGCGACAUGAUUGUCCACUAUGCUCAUUCGUGUCUGGUUCCGAUCGACGUGACCAAGAUUAAGGUGUUGUAUGUGUUUGUUACCAUAGCCAUUGACGAGAAACACUUGAUGCGCACAUUGACCAAGAACUUUGACCACGGAAUGCGACUCGCCGUUUUCGGAACCAUCCAGUUCAACCCAACAAUCCACUCCAUCAAGAACGAGCUCGAAGGCCCAGACUCAGAGAAACUGCUCUACAUCAUUCCGCCGCAGAUUUCUCCACUGUCCAAGGGAGAGGUGCUAGGAUGCACGUCUGCCAGCUUGGACCCGAAUCAGUACGACGCCAUGGUGUACAUUGGUGACGGUCGGUUCCAUCUGGAGAGCGCAAUGAUUCACAACCCGUCGAUCCCUGCUUUCAGAUACGAUCCGUACUCUAGAAAGUUCACCAGGGAAUACUAUGCACAGGAGGAGAUGGUUCAAGUGCGAACCGAUGCCGUGCAACGUGCCAGGGACGCUAAAAAGAUUGGCCUGAUUCUUGGAGCGCUUGGAAGACAGGGAAAUCCAGUCACCGUGGAAAAACUCGAGCAACAGUUGAUCCAGGCCGGAAAGAUUGUGGUCAAGAUUAUUCUGUCUGAGAUAUUCCCGGCCAAACUGGCCAUGUUUGACGAUAUCGACGCUUUCGUCCAGGUCGCGUGCCCCCGUUUGUCGAUCGACUGGGGGUAUGCCUUCCACAAACCGCUGCUGACACCAUACGAAGCCAUGGUGAUGCUUGAAAAUGACAAAAAAUUCGAAACUGGAUUCUACCCAAUGGAUUACUACGCUAAAGACGGCUACGGCCGUGGAAAAGUGCCCGAUAGAAAUGCGUAG